UUCUAUUACAGAGGCUCUAACAACACUAAAAACAGCCUUGGAUCUGGAGCAGAUACCUUCUAGGAUAGCAGUGACCCGCCUUAUUCAGGCCUGUGCCUUGAAGGGUGAUGUAGAAAGCAUACAGGCGAUUCAGAAGAUGGUAGAUGGACUUGAACAUUCAAUUGGACUUUCAAAUAUGGUUUUCAUCAAUAACAUUGCUUUGGCACAAAUAAAGAACAAUAACAUAGAUGUUGCAAUAGAAAACAUUGAAAAUAUGCUUACUUCGGAGAAUCAAACUGUGGAACCCCAGUAUUUUGGCUUGGCAUACUUAUUCAGAAAAGUAAUAGAGGAGCAAUUGGAAGCAGCCGUUGAAAAGAUAAGCAUCAUGGCAGAGAGACUGGCCAAUCAGUUUGCAGUUUACAAACCUGUCACUGAUCUUUUCCUUCAGCUUCUGGAUUCAGGCAAGGUGGAUGAUGCCAGAGCUCUCCUACAGAGAUGUGGCGCGAUUGCUGAACAAACUUCAAUCUUCUUGGUGUUCUGUAUCAGGAGCUCUCAGAGACCAGGAAAGGCAUCAACUCUGAAAUCUUUGUUAGAAUUGAUUCCUGAAUUAAUUGAAAAGGAAGAAGCAUACACUUCGGUCAUGAAAAGCUAUGUCUUAGACAAGGAUGCUGUAUCUGCUAAAGCACUAUAUGAAUAUCUGACUGCAAGGAAUAUAAAAUUGAAUGAUCUGUUUCUAAAGCGUUAUGCAGUUUUGCUGAAGAAUGCUGGAGAGCCUGUCCCCUUCACCGAACCCCCUGAAAGCUUCGAAUUUUAUGCAAAGCAGUUAAAGGAAUCAAGGGAAAACCCUUUGUGAAGCAAGCAGGCACUAUAUUUUGUGUGUAUUUGUGAUUCAAUGUCUAAAAUGUUAUUUUUUAAAUAUAUUUGAGAGUACAGAAUAAAUAAAUGAAAAGUUACUUUGUGUAUUUUUUUUUAUUCAUAAUGUAUAUAUUUUCAACACUUUAUUGACAGUAACUGUGCACUUAGUCACUAGACUUUUGGGGGUUUUGCCGACAACAUAAAUUCUACAGCAUUUUUUUCGACUGCUUCUGAUGUUUGAAGCUGUAAGUUUUCAGGGUUCUUCUCCCAGUGACUCUUCAGGUCCCCUGUUCUGUUUUGUUCAUUAUUUUCAUGAAAAUGUUAUUCCUUUAUUUAAGACUUGCUGGUUAAUACUGUGUAUCUGCAAAUUUUGGAGCUAGACAAAAUGAUGCUCAGUGAGCUUCCUAAGGCUUUACUAUUCUAUGAUAGGAAUUCUCUUCAUGUGUGAAACCCUGCAUUAUUUUCCAGUUUCGUAAAUUGCUGUCACCGGUAGGCAUGUUGUAAGUCAUCACAUCUAGCACUCGUUUUCCUUGCCCUCGGUCAGGGUGCUAUUUGCCAAUGCCUGGCUGCUCCCUGCCAUGCUUUCCCUCCUACCACGGAGGCUUCUGAGAGGCUCCGUUCAUAGAUGUCUCUAAGACUGAGUCCUAGCUGUGACUUGGAUCAUGAAGCGGAGAGCAGUGCAUUACCUCUUGUCUUGGUUUCAGGUUUGCCAGCACCAGUACCCCCUACCCUAGGCUUUUGUUACUUCAUACUCAUCCUUUGAAUGUGUGAUUGUAUAUAUGAAGGAAAUUGUCGUUUGUAUUCAGUGUUAUCAAAGUUAUCCCCAAAUUGGCUUUCAUGCCUAUUAAUAUCUAUAUUAUCCGUUGUUACUGUAGAAGAAUUCAGGCUGGGUUGUGAAACACUUUACCAUUACAAAAGUGUCUUAAUAUGCAACAGUGACCUAUUUGGGGAUUAGGUAAUUAAUUACCCAAAACGUUGAAAAUGUUUUAUUUGAGGUUUAUCCUUAUCCAUUUGAAAUCAGUGGUUCCCACUAUUUACAUGAGGGGAGACCUUGCCUUGUAGGAAGUAAGCUGGCCUCAUGCUGGUUGUGCUGCUGACCUGAGUUGUGGACCCAGCCAUCCUUCAUCUAGAGCCUGCAGAUGACACGAAAGGGAGGGGUGCGUUGAUGGAGGGAAGCCAAGAAGUAAACGUCAUCAUGGGAUUGGCCGUGCUUUCCUUCAUCUCUGUUUUGUGGAGUUAGACCUCUGGGUUCAGAGGCCUCGGCCAAUGCCAGGUCCCAGCCUAGAGGACUUAAUGAAGCUCUCCUUUGUUUGCUCCCCAGGGGCAGGACCUGGAGCUGUUGUGUAUGUACCUGUAUUGUCUGCUUGGCCAUGAGCCUCACGCCUGUUAGUGAUUGCACUGAAGCAGGCCCUAUUUUUUGCAGUUAUGCUAACCAUAAGUUAUUGGAGCAACACUUUAUUGAUGUUCAUUGAAAUAGGUCUCUCAGAAGAGGCAUAACCUUGGGACAUACCCUGGACUUCCCAGUUUUGUCUGGGCCAGAGACAGAGUAUAAUCUUAUUUGCAUGAAGUGACUCCAAGCCAGCCUUGUAUAUUGACGCUGGUAAAAUGCCAGGUGUAGUGCCGAGGAAAUAGGUACAAAUCCCUCAUCUAGCAUUCUAAACAGCACCACUGGCUUCCCCUUUUGAAUUUAAAUAUUAAAAAUGUAAUUGUGUAUUUUAUGUGGGCUAAGAAAUGCUUUCUAAAUAUCUAAUAGCAAAAUUGAAACAAAUAGAAAUAGACAGCAAACACAAUUAUAGCACACAAUAAUACGUUUUAGACUAAAAUUAUAAGCAAACAGCUAACUCUAAAAAAGUAAAUGUCAUUGUAAACUUUUGGAAAGUAUCAUGUUUUACAUGUAAUUGUAUGUUCAUGAAUUUAAUACAAUUUUAAUGUGAAAUGCUUUGAAUAAAUUAUACUCCAAAAACC